AGGAAGUUGUAGCUGCCAUGUUUAGCUGCUUUGUUGUAGAUUCCUUGUAGGUUUCCUGCAGAUUUUAGCUUGUGUUGCCAAGUGUUGCAAUGGAACCGAGCUGGAGUACGUUUUUAUUCCAACAGGCCAAUGAGGCUCUGCAUCACCAGCACCAAGUAGCCGGGAACAGCCUCUUGCCUUUGCUCAGUUCUGGAACAGAGCCACCUGAUCAGAAACCGGUGCUGCCCAUUCCCUUGGACCAGAAACCCCCUGUCAGUGCUGCAGAACUUCUUAAAGACAAUGUUGCUAGUGGGACUGGCGGGGGAGGUGGUGGAGGGCCUCCAUUAGCUGUGGUGAAAAAGGAGCCUAAAUCAAAGACACCCUUCAUCUGUGGCUACUGCAACAAGGCCUUCCGAGACAGCUACCACCUGCGGCGGCAUGAGUCUUGCCACACUGGCAUUAAGAUGGUUUCGCGGCCUAAGAAGACACAAACAGCCCCCACCAUGGUGCCGCUCAUAUCCACUGUACCACGUGAGAAUAGCGGAAAUCCUUCAUACAUUACUACUGUAGCUGGUAUCCUGACUACAGCCACCACGUCAACCUCCACAGGCACUAGCAUCAUGACCCCAAUGCAGCACCAACAGCAGCAGAGUAUCCCCAAAAAGCCCCCCAAACCAGUGAAAAAGAAUCACGGCUGCGACAUGUGCGGUAAGGCCUUCAGAGAUGUGUACCACCUCAACCGCCACAAGCUGUCGCACUCUGACGAGAAGCCGUUCGAGUGUCCCAUCUGCCAGCAGAGGUUCAAGAGGAAGGAUCGCAUGACAUACCAUGUCCGCUCCCAUGACGGUGGAGUUCACAAGCCUUACAUCUGCUCUGUCUGUGGGAAGGGCUUCUCCAGACCUGAUCACCUAAGCUGUCAUGUUAAGCAUGUCCAUUCCUCAGAGAGACCAUUUAAGUGCCAAGUAACGGCCUGUACCUCCGCCUUUGCUACCAAAGACCGUCUGCGCUCCCACAUGAUUAGGCAUGAAGGCAAAGUGACCUGCAACAUCUGUGGCAAAAUGCUAAGUGCUGCCUACAUCACAAGUCACCUCAAGACGCAUGGCCAGGCCAGCUUCAGCAACCCUUGUAACAAUAAAGGCAUAAGUGACUGGCAGUGGAACCACUCAGGGCCACGAAAAGGUGAGUUGACGGUAGGAGAGAUUUUAAAUAACUCCUUCCAAGUCCUAAUUGACAACUCUCACAAAGAUGCCAACAACGUGCACAACAACUCGGCCAGUACGACGCCAGUCACCAACUCAGCAGCCAUCACCUCGACUGUAAACCGUGGCGGCAACGCCAGCAAUCCCGUCACCAUCGCCGCUCAGAUGAACAUCGCCACCAGCACGGUCAACAUCACGUCACCGGUCAACCUGCAGCACCCAGUCACCAUCACCGGCCCCGUGAACUUGGCCUCCGUCAACAUCCCUACAACGGCACACAUGAAUAUUGCCCACCCGGUGGCUAUCACCACUCCCAUGCCCAUGAAUAUCACAGGGCCGCUCAACAUUGCCAUGAGGCCCAUGGAGAGCAUGCCUUUUCUAUCCCAAGUUCUGCCUUCCUCCCCUCCCUGGUAGAGCCCUUUUAGCCCAUGUAAGAGCCGGUCAUGUUUUAACUGCCUAAUAAUGGAUGAGCCUGUCAAAUCUUAGUAAAAGGCCCUCUAAAUGGGUUGCUAGUGUAUUAAACUUGAAAAGGUGAUAACUAAUGUAAUACAACCACAGAUAGUAACCAGUGAUUACAGCAUAAUUUGUCAAUUCUGAAUUUUAUUUCUAUUUAUAGAACCAAACGUUUCAGAUAUCCUUAAUCACUCUUGGGCUUACAGUCAUGUUAGGGGUGCAGCUAAUGAUUACUUUCAUUAUCAAUUAAUCUAUACGUUUCUUGAUUAAUUGUAAAUAAAAUCUGACAGUUCUUAAAGAAUCUCUCAAUACAGUGAAAACUGUUGGCAAAUCAGUUUAUUAGUCAUCAACUAUCAGCUCUACAGUCAUUCAUUGAAGAGUAUUGGCCUACAUAGCAUAUGCACUUCACAGGAGAAUCCGUCAAAUCAACGGUUUAUUCUAUCAUAGUUAGUGUUUUUUUUAUAUAUAUAUAUUUUAGAUAUUGUAAUAUAGGAAAUUCUAGAAAUUGAAUAGAGAAAAGUUUUAUUGAUUCCAGAUGGAAGUUUCUGUUUUUGGCUAACCCAGUGAAUUAAUUAUAUUACAGAUCAAGGUACUUAACACAUUGAUGCCAUAAACUCAAUCACCAUAAAGCAGUCCUGUUCAUGGAUUUACAAUAUUGCCCUCACUGUCCUGAUAGAGCAGGAGUGAGAGAUACCUCAUUGUAAACCAUAUGGCAUCAAUUCUGACCAAUGACAUACCGCCCAGCCCCAGUCUAUGGUGUUACUCACCUUCUCAGAGUUAAUCUGUCGUACUGCUCACAGCUCUUUACCUAUUAGUUGAGUUUCUGAGGGCCAAGUUGAUCUCAGAUAUGAACAGAUAAUCUGAUGUCUAGGUGUCAUUUAUUCAUUUCUCCUUUAGCUAUCAACUGCAUUUCACAGUCUUCAUCAGAGGAUGGGGGUUACACAGUUGUUACAGUGUGACCUCCAGAACUCCAGGCAUAACAGCUGAUCAUAUGGUCUUUAUUGGCCUCCAUCUACUGAUCAAGACCAUGAUCUACAGUUGAAAGCUUGCAAGUGGUCCUGAAGAUUAUUUAGUCAAACUACUGUCUCCAAGGUCAAGGGCGCUCUGAUAAACUCAUAUUUCUUACCUUUUGACUACUUGAAUGAUGUCACAGGCCGCAGAAUACUUCAAAUAACUUAUUUCACAUGCUAAUGUGACCCCAUGCCUUCAGGUGGGGAGGACGUUCUGUGCAGACGUUGUGUAUGUAAAUAAUGACCAUUUUAUGCCAAAGAUUUUCUAAGUAUAGUGUUUCCCCCUGAAUGCUAUAUUUUAACAUGUAAGGGGAAAACCUUUUAAACAGCAUUUAGACCUUCAUGGGACACUAAAUUCUCCUUUUAAAACACAGUAAUGAAAUUUGCCCCUGCAGCCACCCACCCCUCAUCACCGUACUACCACCUCUGGAGCUGUGGUGUGGUGUGAGCCAACACAUACUGGGGUUUACCCAGUUACAUUGAAAUUUCCCAUUCAUAUUAUUGCUAUAAUAAGUCAACGUUUUGCAUCAUUUUAAUACGUGAUCAUUUGUAUAUUAAUGUUAAAUUGCUUGCAUUAGUGUAAGUUCAUCACAUUCAAAAGGUUUCAUUACACUUUCAAACGAGUGUUUUCUUCCACUGUAAGAUGGUUUCAUAUUAUUGGGCAGUUACUACAAUAUCAGCUGCUGCAUGUUCACCCAUAUUGUUUGCAUUUAUCCCUUGCUUACCCCCUGUUCAAACUUGAGUAGUUUGUUUUACUCUGACAGAUCGUUGAGGCAGUGUUGGCAGUUAACACAUUAUACACUGCGCUGAUGCAAACCCUCUUAGAGCCCUUUUCCAAAGUCUUUCAUUUCUAUUUAGCCACUGAAGGACUGUGUAGGUCUGACUUCAAACAUGGUGAUGCGUUAUACCUUACUAUACCUUAGGCAUUGUUUAACAACUCCUUAAAUGGACGUGUAUUGCUGGAGUUGUUCUUAAAUGCUUCCAGUUAAGGCAAAUGUUGUCAUGUACUUUUUUUCUAUUGUUCUUUUUAGUGGACUUAUCAGUAUUUGAUAGUUUAUGUAUUUUAAAGUUUAAUUAUAAACAAACAAAGCUUCCAUUUUGGGGGAGGGGGAUUGAUUUUGUGGAUUUCAGUGAUGGUUCAGAGGCUGUUAAGAUCAACCAGUCCCCCUAUGUCUGUAUUUUAAAACAGCUGGAAACCAGUCACUCGUAAUACUCUACACAAGUUUAUGUGACAUCUGUUUGGGAAUUUUUGUAUGUAUUUAUAUCAGGACAUGACAGUUGAAGGUACAGCAAAGAGGAAAUGUGUCGUACUGAAAGCAUGUCCCCUAGGUUUUGCCCUUAAAAUGGCAGUAUUAUCAAAGGUCAAAUGAUUUUAAAUUUUGAUUACUGAGGACUUUAAUUGUAGAGGUCAAGAGAGCCACCCAGUGGCUCAUUAGGCUCUGUACUACAAAAGCGGUCCCAAAGUUCGCUUUUGUGCUAUGUUCAGUUGGUUAGAUUGUUUACUUUAGCAGGUAUAGGAUCCCAUCACUGUCAGUCAAACUCAGGAAGGUUACUGAGAAUAGUCUUAACACCAUGUUCAACAAUUUACACACUGACCAUUUCUUUGUAAAUAUGAAACACUAUUUUAUUGCCUUUUACCUGUGGGAGAGGGAUCCUCUCUACAUACCACAGGCUAGCAAUGCAAGAACUCUAUCACCACUGAUGUGGCCGUCCAUCCUGGAGAGGACAGGGAAACGAGCAGAGAGUAAAGGAUAAGGCUGGUGUCAGUCUCUAUUUAUUAUCAAUGAAUCCCAUAAAAAGGCAAAAAACAAACGACUGUCACCUGUAACUAAGGCUGGAUAUAGCUUAUGCUGCCAUUACCGUACCAUACCAAAAACAGUUCAACCUUUGUAUUGGUUUUGGAAAACAGUUUUAAGGCAGUGUUAGUAAUAUGAGGCUGUAAUUAACCAUCAUACCUGAGACGUUGAUGAUGAUGAUGAUGAUUAUUAUUAUUAUUAUUAUUAUUAUUAUUAUUAUUAUUAUUAUUUUAGAUAGUAACUCCAGCCUUAUCCUUUUACAGAUGAAUUUUCUCUGUAGAUCUCACUUGCAUAGCUCAGAGUGUUUUUAGUUAUUUUAUUAUUGUUGUUUUUUUUUUUAAAUCCUGACAGUUUAUCUUUACUGGAAAAUUGAGGCUGUGGUCACAAAGGAGGCUUCAGUGUCCUGCUCAAAGCUCAGGUGUACCUGAAAAAGCAAGAUGUCAGAGAGUGGGAGUAACAUUAUUCAUGUUGCUAAGCAACAACACAACUUGUAAUCACGCACUCCCAAUGACCGGUGCAGUGCUACACCUCUUGCUGUGUGGGUAUUGUACUUCUGUGUAUACCUUCCACUUGGAGGAUGUGUUCCCCAUAGGCCCCUUUUCCACCAAGUUAGUUUUGUUCAAGUUUUUGGGACCUUGGUGUUAUCUAGCAUAUGAGUCAAAGUUUCAACAAUAGUAAUCACAUGCAUCAUCAACAGAGGGCACUCCACAAUGCGCAACGACCUGUAGAAUAUGAUGGGCGCACUUUGAAUUCCAAGGAAAACCUGAUAUUUUUUGGUUCCAGCUGGGAAUAACCUUUCAGGUUCUGAACCAAUUUAUUUUUGGUCAGAGUGCCCCACACUGUUCAAAACUACAUGCUUGAAGCAGAACGGAGUCGGUUCCCAGUUGGUAGAAAAGGCCUAAAGGACUGCGACCGUGCAGACAGUGCACACGGUCACAACAAAUUGGCAGUACACAGAUGUCUGCACUGCAUUUUGGGUUGAUGGCUUGAAGCUGACUCACAGUGGUAUUUCACAGUCUGGGAAUGAGACAAAAUUAUCAACUAUCGUUCUCGCCUCUGAUUGGUUGUUUUCGUUCAGUCCCAGUGGAUUCUUGCAAAUACCAUUAGGAGCACUAGGAGGAGCCAGAGGAACCUGCUUUUUUUCACAGAUUAUCUGUCUCAUGUACUACUGUCAGGAUGUAGUGAAGGUUUCAGUGAAUAUGACAAGAAAUAUUUUUAUAAAAGUUACCUACUGCAGCUUUAAUGGACAGGGAGAAAAACUGCAGCAAAACGUGAAUCAAAUCUUCCAACAGCUCCACCUAGAGUCCUCCUUGGAGUACUGCGCUGUGGCUGCAUUGAACAGGUUUACAGAACUCGCCAGGUCACGACCAAACCUGUGGACCGUGACUGAACAAAGUCUCUUUUGUGAUCGCAGCCUCAGCAGUUCCUGCACCAGGCCUUGUAUACUGUCCCACAGUUCCCUGGCUGUGUGUAUCUUGGGGAACACAAGUGAAUUAGUUUGUAGAUGUGAAGCCUUUUUCUAGUUAAGGGCCUUUUCUUUCAGUGCAGGAACUCUGAAGCACUUGCAGCAAACUAGGUUGUGCACACUACAGAAGAGUGGUACUUAGAGGUGCAUUUCAAUAAGGUGGAAUGAGACAAUGAUUGGUGUUUGUUUUACAGUUCACCUGGCAACAUCUGCAUUUUGGCUGCCCAGAUGUUUGGCCCAAUACGUUCAUUGUAUGCAUGCCAACACUGUCCACCAAAGGAAAUGCUCUAAUGUGGAACGGCAUUAUCAAAUGAUUCCCAUUCCCAUUUCCCAUCUUUUUUUUUUUUCUUUUCCAAUGUUGCAUGUGGAUGACUGACCUUGUCCAGUGUAGGUUUGAGUUCAACAACCGUUAUUAGAAGGCUAGUGACUUUUUAUGAAAACAAAACACUAAAAAAAAAAAUUAGGAUGAAAGGAAGUGUGUGGUGUCAGUUGUCCUUCUCCAGUGGCCGUAAACAAAGUGUGCCUGAAAUACUUUGCAAGACUUUUCCACGCGUCGAUGCUUCCUCCUCUAGAUGUGCUGUGUGGUGGAAUCGUUUUGUGAAAGAAGCCUUCAUCAGUUCAGACGGCCAAGGGCCCCACAGGUCUGAAAGCCAAAACCAUGUUGUGAUUAGCUUUUUUUUUUUUAUUAUUAUUUUACACCCAAUGAUUGUGAAGUUAUUCUACUUCAGGAACAACCUUGAAUUAUGAAUUCACAUCUUUAUUUGAGGUCCUAUAAAUGUAUUGGUGAUAUCAAACCAUGUGGUUUAAUUUUUUAAUUUGACUCCAACCUAAUGUGAAAAACAAACCAUUUAUUUGGGCAAAAUCAUUUGGUAACUUUUUUUUCUUUCUUUUCUGUGAAGUUUGUAUGAUGAAUUUGGCAGAUGUGAAGGCAAAUGAAUGUAUAUCUUUGUACAAACCAUUUAGUUCAGAGGACAUGUUAGUUAUGACACAUGCAAGAAAAAAAACCUUUUAUAAAUCUUUUUGUAUUAGAACAUUAACAAUGGUAAUUUUUGUAUAUACGAAGGCUAGGCUUUCUGAUUAGCAGAAAGGUAAAACAUUCCUACAUUUUUUUUAAAUGUAUGUCCAUUGAGAAUAAUUAUGGAAACAUAUGCGCAAUGUUUUAUGUGCCUUUUAUUUGGGUUUGUCUAAAUAAAAGAAAACAAUAAAACAUGAUUGUGGACUGUCCAUGCUGAGUCCCACAGAGGAAAGUCAAUCCUGUCUAUCUCAGCUGAAUCGCCAGACAACCCCCCCCCACCCCCCCCCCCCCGCACUCAAGACACUCCCCUAGAUCAGGACUCCUUUCUGGUCUUAGAUGCUUUUCCUAGCUUUAGUUGAGGUUUCUGGGAGGCUGAGAUUGUCGCUGAAGUCCCCGGUCUGUACGGAUGGCUCCUCACUGUUGGCCUGCUCAUGAUGAAAGUGCCUCUGUGACUUCGCUUAUUGGAGUGGAUUGUGGGGGAUUUGUGCCAAAUCAUGGUCUGUAUGUGACGACAAAAACAUUUCGGUGUUUUUUUCAUUCUUUAACUAUUAAACUUGGAAAAUGUGA